GCAGCGAAAGGAGGGGAAGGGUCGCGAGACGUGUUGAUCCAUUCUCUAUCCGCGCUAGUUCGGAAGCAGACCGAGCACCUCGCUCAUACAUCACAACGAGUAUAUAACCCCUGUCCCAUCACUCGAACAACACUCAUUCCCCUUGCCUCUCUCACCCUCUCUCUCUUCUUCAACCAACGCUCUUCGCACCCCCUACCACUCUACCUUAAACCAAACCAACACACAAGAACUUAUUCACAAUGUCUGACAUGGGUCGUCAAUCUCUCGGUGACAAGGCUUCCGCCGCCGUCAAGCCCGACUCUGAGAAGUCUUACGUCGAGCAGGCCACCGACUACGUCAAGGGAACCAUGGACAGCGUUGCCUCAACCCUUCAACCCCAGCAAGAGAAGUCGACCACCCAGAAGAUCGGUGACGCCGUCUCGGGUGACAACACCAACCGAAACGUCGCCUGAGCGGGUCGGUCCUCCUACC